AUGCAUGGCCCUAAGAGAAAGCUCAGCGACGGAGUCCAACAACGACAAAGUAAACGCACCAAAAAAAGCGGAAAAGACAGUGGCCUGAAGAAUGGACAAAACCUCCUGAGAAGUAACGGGGCGGGGGGGCCCGGCAUCUUUCUGACGUGCGUCCGAGGUCGCGAGAGAAAGGCAGGCCUCGAACUUAUCGAUUGCCUCGAAGAGCUCGUUGAAACGCUCUAUCCGGGCGUGGAGCCGAUUGAAUGCGAUGAACAAAGGACAAAUAACCUUGACGAGGUCGACUUCGACGCACUGCAUAACGAUGUUGGAGCUCUAGGGUUCGACCGCGAGAAGGCCCCGCAAAUGACCAGCAAGGACCAAAGAGUAGCCACGGUAGACGACGACAUCGAGGAACAGAUUCAGGCUGAGCUUCGGUGUAUGGGAGCCGCGACCUCCGGGCUUGACGCCGAGUCGAAGCAGGGGAGCAGGAGGAGGACCAAGGCGCGGUGGUUCGACGUUGUCGAAACAGGCACAGACUGCCUCACCUUCAUCGCGAUAAGCCGUCCACUGUGUGCCGUGCGAUUGACGUACGCCUUUCUGGAUCAAGUUCGCUCCACUGGCCAAGCGCGAUGUAAAUUCGUUCAACGUCUCACCCCCGUCGUCGAUGUCGUCCGAGCAAACGCCGGUGAAUUGAGCAGCCUCGCCAAACGUGCGCUUAGCCAACACUUCACUGUCGAUGAGUCGCUAUCUUUCAAGAUCGAUCCUAGGCUUCGCAACCACGACGUAAUGUCCAAGGCGGACAUUAUCCGAAUAGUCCUCGCUGCGAUGCCCGAUCAUGGCGACCACAGGCCCCAGCUCACAGGGGCUCAACGUCUCAUCGUCGUUGAAGUGUACAAGUCCGUGCUGGGCGUGAGCGUGCUCCACGACUUUGAAGGAUACAGGCGUCUGAAUCCUCAAAUGAUUGCCGAGAACACAAGAAAGACGCACAAUGUUGCGGAGGACGACGGCAAAAGCGGCAACCCACCAAGUCGUGUGGCACUUUUUAAUUGCGAAGCAAGAGAAGAGAAGAGAGAAGAAUGCAGAGACUAA